UUGAACAGAUUCGUAUCAUUUACUGGUAGCCAUGGAGGUAACAGGAGGUCCGAAAGGGAAAAAGUGUUUGACGAGGCGCACAGGGGAUGUCUGGCGGGACAUUUCUCGGCUAAGAAAAUGUGUCGAAUACUGAAGAAAUCGGUCUUCUGGGAAUCUAUGGAGAAAAACGUCGCAAAAUGGGUGCGGGCUUGCAGGGAAUGCUUCCUAACAAACCCGCGGCCGACAAAUACCCCACCGCUAAAGCCAUUUGUAGCAAGUAGACCUUUUGACUGCGUGUGUGCUGACAUUUUGGAGAUGGGACUUCAGCACCAGUGGGAUGAAAUACAUUCUGGUUGGUUAGGAGCGUAUCCAUUGAGAGACAAGGGAGCAGCCUCGGUCGCUCAAGUGAUAUUUCAGAGAUGGGUAUGUGAGGGAGGCCGUUGGCCGAGACAGUUACACACGGAUCAGGGUACCGAGUUUGUAAACGAGGUAAUUAGUGAACUCACAAAGAUCUCUGGGAUUGAACACACAAAGAUAUAA